UUUUGGAACAAAAAUAUCCAAUACCAUAUUUUUUAUGGACCUAUUUAAAAGAUAACUUUUUUUUCCAAUAGCCAAUCCAAAACUAACCCUUCCCCUUUUAGUUUUUAGGUUUUCAAAUCAAUUUCAAGUGUCGGGAACCGGACUUGAGUGAAUUGGUAUUUGAAUUACGAAAAGCUCAGCAAUCCAACCAUGCAUAAGAAGAAGCUGAAGCACACAGUGAACAAAGCAAAAGAGCAAUCCACCAUGAAGAAGAAGAAUCAGAAUGGCAAGAGCAAGAGCAUUCACGACAUCCUCCCUCUUGACCUGAUUCACAUAAUCCUUCUGCGGGUGCCCAUCAGACAUCUCGCUCGCCUCAGGUGCGUUUCCAAACUCUGGUGCUCUGUCGUUUCUGAUCCUGACUUUGCGGAAUUGCAUUUUCACCACUCUCCCGCUGCCACCAACGCAUGCUUUUUCAUGAAAAACGACACUAUGGCUGACUUGGUUUACUUAGACGACAAUGAUGCAUCACAAAAAGAGGUGUGUCCCCCUUUCCAGAAGAAACUACCUUCCAAUUUUUCAGUCGCAGGAUCCUGCAGAGGCUUUAUUCUCUUCCAUCGAGACCCACAUUUUCUUGUGGUAUGGAAACCACUCACUGGAUCUAGCAAAAGAAUAUCCUACUCUCAUAUUGUUCAUCGUAGUCAGCACCAUGGCCGUAGGAUUCCCUACGGUGUGUAUUUUCAUGGAUUUGGUUAUGAUGCAUCACAAGAUGAUUACUUACUUCUUGUAGCUUGGAGCGAUUGGAAAGGACAAUAUCAUUUGGAUUGCUUUUCCUUGAGAACCAAUUCAUGGAUUAAUCUUGAUGUUGCAGUCCCCAAACUCUUUUUUUAUUACUGGCAUAAUGGGGGGUUGUUCUUUAAUGGCGCUGUUCAUUGGGUGCCUAGCGUUCUUAUGGAUUACAGGGAUGGUAUUGUUAUCUUUGAUCUCAAGGAAAUGACUUUUUCAACUAUAUCUGCUCCGGAACAACUGUCACGCUCCUGUCCAAGUCUUGCCCUACUCGGAGGCUGCCUAACCUUGUCUUCUCCCAAUAAUGAUUUCCGUAACACUGACAUAUGGGUGAUGAAAGAAAAUAAAGUGCACUCAUCUUGGACUCUCUAUCGGAUUCCUUGCAAGGACUUCCGACCUCUGUGCUUAUCUAGUAAUAGGGAUAUUAUUGGAAGUGGUUAUACUUCUUGUGGUAAAACAGGGUACUUCAUAUAUAAUGUCAGAGGAGACCUGCUCAAGCAUUUUAAAAAUCUGCGUUGUCAGCUUCCCUCCCGUGAACCCAAUAUUGUGUAUACAGUGAGUCUCUUGCCACUCCCUAGUGACAUUAAGGUUAAGAAUAACAAGAAGAAGAUGAAGAAGGAAAUCGGAAUCAUUGAUCACGGUCUUGCUUCCUGUGGUCCGGGCUUGUGGUGCAGUUUUGAAGUUUAGAUUAUUUUCAUGUCUAAGACUUUGUCUUUUACAUGAGCUUUUUUUUGCAGGCCAUCAUAUUUUUUAACAACCUGAUGUUGCUAAAGGUUAGCAUCAAACAAAAAAAGACAAUUAGGAGCCAACAUUCAAGUGAACAGCUUGACACAUGGGGAAGAAGAACAUUUGAAAAGUGCAAAUGAAGUUUAGUUGGUUAUGCAAAACUUUAGAAGUUUUAUUUCUUAAUUGGUUGCGUAAAACUUUAGAUACUUUAUUCUGCAGAUUGCAUAAUGUACUUUUCUUUUAUCAUGUCAAAACCUUAUGAAUCCAAUCCUAGAAGUUUUAAUUGUAGAUUCUUUUGGGGAUAAUACGUUUCUCCUGCAAACUUGAGAUGCUAGGUGUGGAGUCUAGAGAAUUUGUAAAAUGAAUCUCUUGUAAAAUUUCUGUUUAUCUCUGUUUUAUCGAGCAAUGACAU